AUUUCUGAGAACGAGCUAACUUUGAAAUCAUUAUUACGGGAAGCCGCACGCGGAUUACGAUGGAGCCAGAUUUAAUCCAAAAUUCUCAUAUUCACCACAAUAAUUAUGAGGAUACUGACUUUGGACCGAAGUUUAAGAAGUUAAGAAUUACUGACAACGUCCGAGAAUUACAGACUGUGUUACGUGACAAAUCAACGUCAAGAGGGGAUUUUAUUUUUUAUGCAGAUCGAUUGAUUCGCCUUGUAGUGGAGGAAGGUCUUAAUCAGCUGCCCUACAGAUCAAGUGAGGUCACCACUCCUACUGGACAGGUAUACAGUGGUCUAAGGUAUGAGAAAGGAAACUGUGGGGUCAGCAUCAUGAGAAGUGGAGAGGCGAUGGAGCAAGGUCUGCGAGACUGUUGUAGGUCGAUACGUAUCGGAAAAAUCCUUAUACAGAGUGAUGAGGACACACACGAGGCUAAGAUAGUGUACGCCAAACUGCCCCCUGAUAUAGCUGACCGCAAGGUGCUCCUCAUGUACCCCAUCCUGAGUACAGGGAACACUGUAGUCAAGGCCUGUACAAUUCUCACAGACCACAAAGUACCAGAGGAAAACAUUAUCCUACUGAAUCUCUUCACAACUCCACAGGCUGUUCGCUUGGUCCAGAAUAAAUAUCCAGAAGUGACCAUUUUGACAUCAGAGGUCCACCCUGUAGCACCUAAUCAUUUCGGACAGAAGUACUUUGGUACAGAAUAAUGGACAACAGAAAUCUCAACAACACUCAGUGUGAAUGUUUGGUAAUGAAUGUCAUCUGUUUAUAAUUGGUAUGCCUGUUAAAAAAUGGGAACUAAAAAGGAACAAAUUUUUGUCAAUUUUAAAUUGAUUGUCCUUUGUCCAUUUUUUCCUUCAUUUUUUUUUAAUGUAUGCUUUUUUGGGGGUUGAUGAACUAAAAUCUCAGGAAUACUAAGCAUUCUUCAAUGAUAUUUCUGUUUUGAUACAGAUAUGAUCUGUUCAUUUACAAGUAUAUACAUACAUUGAAAGGACUAAUGUAAUAUAUAAUUGAACACUUGAUAAUUAAAUUAGAUUUACAAAUGUACAUGUUUUUUUGAGCAUUUAUUGGUGCUAGGAAUUGUGUGCGAGUAUUUUUGGUUACUUUUUUUUAAGUAUCAUUAAAUGUUUCUACACUUUUUGUUGACAUUACAUUGUAGAAGAGUACAAAGCUUUUUUUUCUCUUUCAUUAAUGGACUUUAUGUUUUGAUAUUAAUUGUUGUCUUGAAAUCUUGACAUAUUGAGUCUACCGGUAUAUGCUAAUAGUUGAUUGUAAAUUAAACUAGGUGUUUAUAUUGUUCAGUAUUAUACAGUUUAAUAUAUAUAUAUGACCAAGAAUAUGGGUAUGAGUGAGGAUGGAUUUAAAAUUAUUUGUGUAAUACGUUGUGUCAGUAAAUUUUAUUGAUUCCAUUCAUAGUUGUAUCAUUGCAAUAAAAGCACGUACUGUUCUAAAUACAAUCAAAUAACACCUCAACCGCAUAUUUUACCAAAAUACCAUAAACUUUACAUUUUUGUAAUGGAUUCUAAUUCUGCUUAAUCACAGUUUCUGUUUAAUCCACAGGUAAAAAAUUGUUUGGAUUUGGGGGUGGGGGGGGUGGAGGAUGUCGUUGUAUGGUCUUUUUACAUUUUAAGUAUGUUGUGCCAAAUUUUGUUGGCAUACUUAACAUAUAUUUUAAUUCUACAUUGAAAAUUGUACAUCUGCAGAAACCAUCAAUAUUUACAUACUAUACUUAUUUUUGGUUGAUUACCAAAGUAAAACAAUAUUUAUCUGAAAAGGCCAAAUAGCUUGUAAUACAAUUGUAUCAUGAUUUUGUUUGGUAAAUAUGAUUUUCCAUUUUUGUUGCGUACAUAUAUUUACAUUUAUUUUUUUUGUUUUAUUAGUGCAAAACUUGAGUUAUUUGUUUCGUCAUGUAAAUCAUUGAAGUUGAAAAAAAAAGAUUCAUUUAAUAAUAAUUUACAAGAGAUCUGAAGUUGUUGAACUGUUUAUUAUGGAGGUACUGUCUUGAAAGUUAGUCCAUUUUACCUGCCAAGUAAAAAAGCUGUAUAUACAUUGAUUUGAUGUUUAUGUCUUUAUGUUUAUAAAAAAUUGAAUUGACCGUGUACUGGUACACAAAAUACUGCCACAACUUAAAGGAAAUUGUUCAUUUCUUGAAAAAACAUUUUUACAGCUAGAUUUAUUUACCUUUACUUGUUUAUUUUGAAUCAGAAUAAAGCAAAGAAAUCAAGUACAUAUGCA